UCUAUAAUACUAUAUAUAUUAUAUUAUAUUAUAUUAAUUAUGUUUUUUUAAUUUAAACACACCACUGAGAACCGAUCCAUAAAGAUCACGAGCCUCUACAUUUCUCGUGGAGGGUUCUGUUGAAACAAUUCAUAGAAGAAAACCAUAGAUUCGAAGUCUCAUGUUUCUUAUGAAUUUCUUGGGUUUCAGCUGAAAACUUCCAGCCUCCACUUCUGCAGAUUCAAACUCCGAUCUUUUCGUUCCAUCUCUAGGGUUUCUGAAACCAUCAGAGCAGAUUUUCUCAUCCAAAUUCAAUGGCGGGAAAUCAUCAUAAACAAGAUGGGAUCGGAGACGAAUUCUUUGAGCAGAUCUUGGGCGUACCACCUGGCUAUGGCGGAAGAGGCGGAGAAAUUGGCAGCUCCUCUUCCUCCAUGCCCAUGAUGCUUCAGCUCGCCUCCGGCGGCGGUGGUUUCCGGGGUUUGGGCAUGGGAGGGAUGAUGGGUCUUGGAUUAAACUUGGAACAUCAUGGGCUCCUCGGCGCUGUCGGCAACAGUAAUGACUCUGACAAUGCCACUUCCAUCAUCAAUGAGAGAGAGACUCUGCAGAUGACGGGGCAUUUCCCGGCGUACGGACAUUUGCAAUCUCCGGCGGUCCGUCCACGGCCUCCGCCGCAACUCCACCAGCAGCAUUUUCACGGCCACCCUCUGCCGGGAACCGCCGCUCCGGCGGCAAAUCAACCGACGAUUCGUCCACGUGUACGGGCGAGACGGGGGCAAGCCACUGAUCCUCACAGUAUAGCUGAAAGGUUACGUAGAGAACGUAUCGCCGAGAGAAUGAAAGCAUUGCAGGAGUUGGUUCCUACUUGCAACAAGACGGAUCGAGCGGCGAUGCUUGACGAUAUCGUGGAUUACGUUAAGUUUCUUCGUCUCCAAGUAAAGGUCUUGAGCACGAGCAGAUUGGGUGCAACCGGGGCCGUGGCUCAGCUCGUUGCCGGCGUUCCAUUAUCCUCGGUGAAGGGGGAUGACGGUGGGGCAAGCGAACCGAUGUGGGAGAAAUGGACCGGCGAUGGUACGGAAGAGCAGGUUGCGAAACUGAUGGAAGAAGAAGUCGGUGCAGCGAUGCAAUUCCUUCAGUCCAAAGAGUUAUGCAUAAUGCCGAUAUCGUUAGCGUCAACGAUUUUCAAUACGCAUCUGCGACCUUCCGAUCAACAGCCGAUGAUCCCCAAACCCGAGAUGAACCACCUUCUAUAACCCAAAAUCGUGCAAAAGAAUGUUGACAAACUGGAAAAAAAAAGCUUUGGGAUAUGUUUGCAUCAAUUUUAUAUACCUACGUGAUAAAGAUGUAAUUUUUUGAAAAUUAAGGGACCGGGAUGAGAAAAGGAAAAGGAGACGAAGUUUUUUUUUCUUCUUGCAA